CCAGUUGUUCCCUCGAACUGAACCAGCAUGGACUUCACUGACAAAGUGGUGCUGGUGACGGGCGCGAGCGCCGGCAUCGGCGAGUCGACGGCGCUGCUGUUCGCCGCGCUGGGCGCGAAGCUGUCGCUCGUGGGCAGGAAUGAAGGCAAGCUGCGCGCCGUGGCGGCCGCGUGCCACAAGCUGCGGGGGCUGCAGCCGCUGCCCAUCGUCGCAGACCUCGGCACCGACGAGGGCGUCGAAAAGACGGCCAAAGAAACACUCGACCAUUUUGGGAGGCUAGACGUCCUGGUGAACAAUGCGGCCGUGGGUGCGCGGACCAACAUCCAGCUGGCCACCAUGGAAGACUUCGACCGGGUGUUCAACGUGAACAUCCGAGGAGUGUACAACCUGACGCGGCUGCUGGUGCCUGCGCUCAUCCAGUCCAAGGGGAACAUCGUCAACGUGUCCAGCAUCAUGGCGACCAUGGUCACGACGGGAAACCUGCCCUACAGUCUCUCGAAGGCGGCUCUGGACCACUUCAGCCGUUUAAUUGCUUACGAGUUGGCGCCGAAAGGAGUACGCGUCAACGUUGUUAGUCCUGGCAUAACAGUAAGCACUUUCGUCCAACGUUUAACGGGCUAUUCGGAUGAAGAGUACCGGGCGUGGCUGAAAACUGCUGAAGGCACGAUUCCUAUGGGAACAGCCACGACUGGGGACGACUGCGCUCAGAUGAUAGUGCAGCUGGCCAGCAAUGAAGCCAGUAGAGUGGUCACUGGGGCCGUGGUGCCCGUCGAUGGUGCUCUGCAGUUCGCUGGCUCCGGAAACAGUGAGAUUUUGAAGGAUCAGGUUAAAUGAAGUGUUUUUGAUAAUGUUUUAUUUAUUUCCUGCCAGUUGUAAGUAAAAAAAAUGUUUUCAGUCUUUUUUUUACUUAUUAGCAUUACUCUUCUUAACGCAACUUUUACCUAUGGUUGUAUACCUAAUAUUAGCAACUAAGUGAAUUGUUUAUAGUAAAUACACACAUAUUUAGUGCCUCAGUUGCACGCGGAUAAAAAUACUUCAGACACAUGUGGAGAUCUUAUAAUAAAACAUGUUUGAUAUCCGCACAGACGAA